GAGGCGAGGCUGCGUCGCGGGCCCCACUGUGUGGCAGUCCCGGCUCCCGGAGCGGCGCGGGCGCGCCCUCGGCUCUCGGCAGGGAGGCUGCGGGCAUUCGAGCGGCUGGACGGGCGGCCAGGGGGCCCCUCCCCCAGCUCCCGCUCCUACCCCGCCGGUUCCCGCAGCUCUGGGGCCGGCGGAAGGGACGUGCGUACCUGUCGGCCCUUCCAGUGGGGCGGACUGGGGGCAGGUUGGGGGGACUCCUGACAGGCCUCCGAGCUGCCAGUGUCCGAGUCCACCCUGAACCUGGGAGCGACUGGGAAUCCGCGAGUGUCUCACUUCCGGUCUCCAGGAGAUGGAACGGCGUCGACCUUGUAUAUCCAACGGGUGUCAAAAAGCAGGAAAAUCAUACCGUUAAACCCCCAGUUUAAGUUCAGGUUCGGGUCCAUAGUGGUCACUCUUGAAUGCACUGAUUUAGAGGGAGUGAGGGGAGACCAAAACAAAACAACGAAAACUGCCCAGCCAACCGCAGUAGGUUGCUGCUGCAGUCCACGCGGGACCGGGGCAGUUUAGAAAGCGCUACUUUCUAGGCGGCCCUGGGCUGUCACCCGGCUUCGCUCACUCUUUCUUACCCCUCAGCGAAUUCACCUGACAUCCUGCAGGAGUCGUACAGUCUGGGUUCUCAAUGCCAAAGACUUCCUUUGUACGAAUUCAGAGCGAAAUCUCACUUCUCAGAAAAAAAGGAGUAGACAAAGCCUUCCCCCAGAUCUGUUUCUUCUUUUGAACUUGUAAACGACCUUAAAAACAUUUGGAGCUACUUAAGAGAGAAUGCAUUUUCUGGCUAGAGCGUCACGCAGGAAUCCUUUGCCCCACAGCUUUGCAGGAGCAGAGAGCUGGGCGCAGGCGCGAUGGCCCUGGUGCCCUAUGAGGAGACCGCGGGAGUGGGGCUGCAGAGAUUCCACAAGCCUCUUGCCACCUUCUCCUUUGCAAACCGCACGAUCCAGAUACGGCAGGACUGGAAGCAACUGGGAGUCGCAGCGGUGGUUUGGGACGCGGCUGUCGUUCUUUCCACGUAUCUGGAGAUGGGAGCUGUGGAGCUCAGGGGCUGCUCUGCCGUGGAGCUGGGUGCUGGCACAGGGCUGGUGGGCAUAGUGGCUGCCCUGCUGGGUGCUCAUGUGACUAUCACGGAUCGGAAAGUAGCAUUAGAGUUUCUUAAAUCAAAUGUUCAAGCCAACUUACCUCCCCAUAUCCAACCCAGAGCUGUUGUUAAGGAGCUGACUUGGGGACAGAAUUUGGGGAGUUUUUCACCUGGAGGAUUUGACCUGAUACUUGGAGCUGAUAUCAUAUAUUUAGAAGAAACAUUCACAGAUCUUCUUCAAACAUUGGAACAUCUCUGUAGCAAGCACUCUGUGAUUCUCUUAGCUUGCCGAAUUCGCUAUGAACGGGAUCACAACUUCUUAGCGAUGCUGGAGAGGCAAUUUACUGCUUUCCCUGCCUCCUUAUAAUGCACAGGAUGACAAUGAAAAAAAGUAUUAAAUCUCAUCCCUUCAUGGGAGGUUAGCUCCUCAAGUAGAAGCUCCUUUCAUAUUGUACGUGUAAUUGCUCAUUCAAUGUCUGUGUUCCCCAGAAGACUGUAAGCUUCUUGAGGGCCAGGAAUGCUUCUGCCUCUUUCAUUGUUGCCCCCAGUAUCUAGCAUAUUAUAACCAAAUGUUUGUUGAGUGAAAAAUAUACAUUCCGUUUAGAGGGAACUGAUCUUUGGUUUAAUUUGAUUGCCACAUUCUUUUACGAUUCUCUUUGAUAAGACUUUAUGAAAUCACACAAAGCCCAUCCCUCCCUUCUUUUUUUUUUUUUUUUACAAUGUAAAA